AUGGAGGUGAAAUCCAAUUAUGGAUCGACCAAAAACUCACUUGAGAAUGAUAAUAUCUUAGCACGUAUACAGACAGAACUUAAACUAAUCAUUUUCAGAGUUUUCUUUCUGAUUUUAAAAGAUGAAGAUUAAUCAAUAGCAAUUCAAAUCUUUCUGUAAGUCAUCUCCUUUUUAUAAUAUCUCACAUUUAUCUUUCAUCGUCAACUAUAUUUAGUAUGGAAGAACUAGAAAGUAUCCUAUGAAUUAUAUAAAUUCUUUGGAUAUUUCAUGCUAACUCCAUAUUUUGAAAUGUUAAACUUUUCUAGCUUUGCAUCAAUGAUGUAUGCAUUGGUAGGUAUUAUCCUUAUGUCAAUUAUGAUAUUAUUAUUAAUAGGAUAUACAAAUAUUACUAAAAUCAACUCUUCAUAUACUUGGCCAAUUUAUGUCCUCAAAUUGAUUUUCAUCUUAUUUACUACUAUACUCUAUUUACCAAUACUUGAUCUUUUUUUUUAAAUGCUUAAUUGCCACUAUGAUGAUAAAAAUCAACUCAUUAAUGUAGUAUUUAAUUCCAUAUGUUGGUAAGGUUCCCAGGUUAUUCAUGGUAUUGUAGCUAUACUAGGGAUAAUUCUUUUUAUUGUCAUUACAAUGACAUUUAAUCUACUCUACUUUGAGCCAAAAUAUAAUCAUAAAGAUCAAUUAUCCAAGACUUCUGGAAGAGCAAAAGCCUUUAAAUUUUUUUACUUUCUUAUAAUAGAAAUCUCUUUUGUAUUGAUUGAUUUAGAUUAAUUUGAUUAUGUUGCAAUCUAUAUCAUUUUAAUAGGAGCAUUUGUUACUUUCUAUAAAUUACAUAUAGAACAACCAUUUAAUAAUGUUCCUAUCCAGAAAAUCUCAUCUAUAUACGCAGCCUUAAUGUUAUGGAGUGCUUUAUUAAUGUGUUUUUCUCAUUAUUUGGAAGACAUCAUAUUUCAUGGCACUAUCUAUGCUUGGCUAAUUGGAAUACCCCUUAUUGGAUUUGCUAUAUAUAAAAAAGAAAGAUAUCUUUAUGAUCUAUUAUUAAUGAAUAUCAAUAAAACAGAGGAUCCCAAUCAAAUCAUACUAUUAACUAAUUAUAUAUAAAAAUUAUUAUCAAGAUAUUCAACUAAUUAACAUUUUCACAUUAUGUUAGAUGCUCUUAUUGAAGUACAUAAAAAUACUUGUUAAAAAGAAGACUGCGUUUUUAGGAUAAAAAAACAAUUAAAUUAAAGAUUGGUAAAAUUAAAGGAUGAAAAUAUAUCUCACAGGGAUUAUUAAAUACAUUUACUUCUUGGAGAGAUAUAUCAAGGAUAUAUUAGAAGACACUAACAUAAUGUGAAAUUAAGAAUUAAUUAUGCUUUUUAUUUACUUGAUUUUUUAAAAUAAAAAUAAUAAUCCUUAAAUGAAUUAAAUUAAAUUGAAUUACUAUCUCCUAGUUUCGAUAAUGAAUUUAUUAUUUUUAGAUAUAAAAAGAUAAUUGAAGAUGAAAUUAAUAUUUCAUAAAAUGAAACUAUUAGUGGUAAUUUAGAUGUUGCAACAGAAUUAACAUUUUAAAAUAAUAUGAGAUAAUUUUAAAAUAAAAUAGAGAGAGCAACAUUAAUGCAUAUGGAUUUUUGGUCUUAAUUAUAAGAAGAUUAACCUGAUUUAGGUAAAAUGAAUGAAAUUGGAUCUAAAAUUAAUUAAGCUAUUAUUUAAGUUGAAGAAUUAUGGAAUAAAAUGUAAAAAAUGACAUAAAAUUUACCUAAAGCUAUGAGAUUAUAUGCUAAAUUUAUUAUUGAAGUAUUAUAAGAUAAAGAUUAUGGAGAAGAAUUAUUAGAUAAAUCUAAAGUACUUUAAAAUCAAAAUAAUAAAAUGAAAAAUAAAUAAACUAUUUAAGUUUUUAGUAGUGAAGAUAUUAAUUUUGAACCAUUACCUACUUUGUUAGUAUCUACUUCAUCAGAUAAAUUUGCUUAGAUAAAUAAUUUAAAUUUAAGUAUUUGCAAUUUAUUUGGAUAUCACAAAACAGAAUUGAUUAAUAGAAAAAUAAAUUUAUUGAUUCCUUAAAUUUAUGCUAAAUUUCAUGAUAAUUAUAUGGAAAUGUUUAUGUAGAAUAAUGAUUAACAAAAACUUACAAAGGAGAGAUUAGUUUAUAUAAAAUUAAAGUCAGGUUAUAUUCUUCCUUGUUAUAUUUAUAUGAAAGCAUUAUAAUCAAUUGAUGAAAAUAUUUUAAUUGCUGCAUAAUUUAGAACAUUACGUACUUUUAAAGCAGGAUGCUAUUUAAUAUUAGAUAGUGAUGAUGUAAUUGAAUGUAUUUCUUCAUCUUGUAUUUGUAAUUUAUUUAUAGAUUAAAAGAUGAUUAGUCAUAGAAAGAUCUAUUUUCAUGAGUUGUUUUCAAAUUACAAUAGAAAUGAUUAUUUAAAUAAGACAGGUUGUGUAAUUAGUUUAAACUUAUAAUCAAAUAUAGUUUCUAAUUCUAAUUAUCUUUAAUAUUAUAUUAGCGAUUUAGAAGAUUAGACUUAGAUAUUAUUUUAAAUUUAAAUAACUGAAAUUUCAAAUGAACAUUAAGAUUAAGUAAUGGGAUAUGUUAUAAAAUUAGAGAAAGUGUAAAAUGAAUAGAGUUAAAUUUUAAGUCCUGAUGUACAAUAAUAAUUAGUAGUACCAAAUACAUUUAUGAGUAAUUUUUAAUUUAAAUAUUAUCCUUCAAAAGCAUUAUAUAUUGGUGAGAAUCAAGAAGAAGGUAAUUCGGCUAGAGUUGAUUAAACAGUAAUUUGGGAGUAAUCUUCUAGAUUGAGUGAAGAAACUUAAGCUGAAAAGAAAGAAAAGGUUGAAGAGUUGAAAGUUGAAAAAAUAAAUUAUGCAGAAGGGAUAAGAACAUUAAAAUUAUUUGAUAAUAGGAUUUAAGAUAUUGAUGAUAUUAGAAUGAGUUUUUCUGAAUCUGAUGAAGUUUAACAUUCAAGUGUAUUUUAAAAAAAUUCAGAUAAUCCAGAGGAAAUUGAAUAAGGUUAAAGGAAUAAUGUAUUUAGAAAUAGAAAAGCAUUAAAUUCUACAAUAAAUGAUUAAUAAAGACCAAAAGUAAUAGUUUAUUUAAGUUGGACUAUUAAUAUUUUAAUGAUAACUGUAUUAACAUUAUCAUUUACAUCCUAUUUUUUAGGAUUAUUUUUAUUUGAAAAUGUUUAAAAUUCAUUAAAUCUUAUUGAAUAUGCAAGUUUAAGAAAUCAAGAAUGUAGUCAAAUUGUAAUGAAUGUUUAGAAUUUAGAAAUGUUAAGGAUUGGAAUUUGGAAUAUGACUGAAUCUGAAGCUAUAAUUUAUGAAGCAGAAUAAAGAACUGAAUUAAAUAAUUCAAUUUUUGCAUUAACAGAUGCAAAUAAAAAAAUAAUGUUGAAUGAUCUUUAUAUUAAUGAAUAAAUAGAAGAAUUACAUUCUAAAAGUGUUGUUAAUGUAAGGAUUUCAAAAAAUAGUUUUUCUAAUUAUGAUUUAAUUGAAGCUACUUAAUAAAUAAUUAGUAAAGCACUUUUAGUUAGAGAUAAACCAUUAUAAAAUUUGACAUUAGAUGAUGAAGAUGCAACAUUUAUAACUUAUAAUUUAUAGAAUGCAAUAAUAUUUUAAUUUAGAAAUGAGACAAACUAAUAUUCUUAUGGAAUAUAGAAUUUGACAGAAAAUAAUGUUAAUAUCUUUUUUAUAUUUAUGAUAGUAGCAGCAUGUUCUUUUUUUAUUUAAUUAAUAAUGAUUGUGGUUUUAAUUAUAUAGAUAAAUUAGAUAUAAGAAACAAUAUUACAAUUAUUUAUGGAGAUUCCAGAAAAAACUGUAAAAUAUUUAUAUAACAAAAGUGAAAAUUUUAUAUCAAAUUUAUAAGUAGGGGAAGAGGAAGAAGUAUCUUCUGAUUUAAGUGAUGAAGAAUAAGAUUAACAUAAAGAAUUAAGUAGAACUUUAAAUUCAAAAAGAAAAAAAAAAAUCUUUAAAAAUACAAAUUCAUUUCAUCGCUCAUAAAUUUUAAUAAUUACUUUUAUUCUUUUUACUUUUUAAGGAUAUUUCUUAUUAAAUUAUUUCCUAAAUUAAAUUACUUAUAAUAAUUUAAAAUAAUAGAUACCAGAAUUAAAUGUUACAGCCAGAUGUGGAUCAUAUUAUAGAUUUGUUGAUAAUUGUGAAAGAUAAUUAUUUUUAAAUCCAGAAGAACCAAUACUUUUAGAGAAUGCAUACUCAGUAGUUAUGAAUAAUAUACAAUUAAAUUAUGAAGUUGAUUCAGAUUUACAUUAAGAACAUGCUAAGAAUUCUGAAAUAUAGAAUUCUAAUUAUUAUGAUACUUUCUAAUCUAUUUUUAUGUUAAAUCCUUGUAAUACUUUUGUAUAAAAGGGAUAUACAACAAUUGAAUAUUGUGAAACAUUUGCAAAUGGUUCAAUUUAAUAAGGGAUGGCAGUAGCAAUAGCAAGAUAUUUUGAGAAUGUUAGGUACAUAAUGACUAUUUAUGACAUGUUUUAUGGACAUCCUGAAGUUAAUUUUAGUGUUGCUGCUAGAGGUUGGGGUAGAUUUAGAAAUAUAACUAAUGAUUCUGAUAAUGUAACUAAUUAUAUCUAUAAUUUGAAUAAUUUCAAAUAGACUACAGAAUCACGUAUUAUGUAAAAUAUCUUUUUAAAAGGUAACAUAAAUUGAUAAUUUUAUAUAGUUGCUUUUCGUUAUUUACUUGAUUAAUUCUUAACAGCAUUAAAAUAAGAUAUAGAAAUAACACAAACCUAGUUAUUAGCAAUAUUCAUAGUUUUUGAAGUUUUACUAUUUUUUAUAUAUUUCAUAAUCUGGUUACCAGCUUAAAUGAAAAUGACAAGAGAUAUUUGGAGAACUAAAGGAUUGAUUAUGAUGAUUCCUUUGCGUGUGAUUUAGAAGAUUAAAACUAUUAAAGAAUUCAUUAGUUUUUUGGUUCAUAGUUAAGAUAAAUGA